UUUUUCAAUUUUUUUUUUUUUCAAAUUUCGAUUUUCUUUUUAGAAAUUAUGACCAGAGAACUUACUACUGAAGAACUAGACAAGCUCAUUGAAUUGUCAGUUAAAGCCAAAGAAAAGGCUUAUUGCCCUUAUUCAAAUUUUCGCGUUGGUGCUACGCUCCUCGAUGUAGAUGGGAAUUGGCAUACAGGUGCUAACAUUGAGAAUGCUUCAUAUGGUGGAGCGAUCUGCGCAGAACGGACAGUAUUUAUUAAAGCGAUUAGCGAAGGUCAAAGGAAAUUUGUUGCCCUUGGUGUAUCCACUGAUACUCGCCAUUAUGCAAGACCUUGCGGUAUAUGCCGACAAUUUAUGAUCGAAUUCGAAGAUAUUCUUCCUAUUUACCUCAUUCAACCUGAUCGUUCUUAUCAAAAAGUUAUACUUAAAGAUUUGUUACCAGAUUCUUUUGGUCCCGAAAUUAUGAAAAUGAGUAGAGUAACUGAAAAUACAACUCCAUAAAGAAAUUAUUAUUUAUAAUAAAGUUGUUGUUAUAAUUUCACUUUUCUUUUUACUUGAAAAUUCCUUUUU